CCCAGGUGCCCCGGGAUCGAGCGCAGCCCCAGCCCCACCGGAGCCGAGCCAUGGAGAGAGCCAGCCUGAUCCAGAAGGCCAAGCUGGCCGAGCAGGCCGAGCGCUACGAGGACAUGGCCGACUUCAUGAAGGGCGCCGUGGAGAAGGGCGCCGAGCUUUCGUGCGAGGAGCGCAACCUGCUCUCGGUGGCCUACAAGAACGUGGUGGGCGGCCAGCGCGCGGCCUGGCGGGUGCUGUCCAGCAUCGAGCAGAAGGGCGCCGAAGAGGAGGGCGCAGAGGACAAGGAGCGGGGCCCCGACGUGCGCGAGUACCGGGAGAAGGUGGAGGGCGAGUUGCGCGCCGUCUGCGGCACCGUGCUGAGCCUGCUCGACUCGCACCUCAUCCGCGACGCGGGCGACGCCGAGAGCCGCGUCUUCUACCUGAAGAUGAAGGGCGACUACUUCCGCUACCUGGCCGAGGUGGCCACGGGCGACGACAAGAAGCGCACCAUCGACUCGGCCCGCGCCGCCUACCAGGAGGCCAUGGACAUCAGCAAGAAGGAGAUGCUGCCCACCAACCCCAUCCGCCUGGGCUUGGCGCUGAACUUUUCCGUCUUCCACUACGAGAUCGCCAACAGCCCCGACGAGGCCAUCUCCCUGGCCAAGACCACCUUCGACGAGGCCAUGGCCGACCUGCACACGCUGAGCGAGGACUCCUACAAGGACAGCACCCUCAUCAUGCAGCUGCUGCGCGACAACCUGACCCUCUGGACCGCCGACAGCGCUGGGGAGGAGGGCGGCGAGGCGCCGCCCCCCGAGGAGCAGGCCCAGAGCUGAGCCUCGCUCCCCCCGGCGCCCCGACGGCCCCUUCCAUUCCCGUCCCCCGCCCCGGCCUGGCCCCCGCUCGGGGGAGAGGACUUGUGUGUGGGGCGGGCCCCCGGACCCCUCUCCCUCCCUGCACCUUCCCUUCUUCUCCCCUUCUCC